CGUCAAACCCUACAUCGUUCAGUCUUUGCCGUCUCCUGGCUAAGAUGGGCCGUGCCCGAGAUGUCAAGCGGCUACGCACGCAGGCACCAGCAGAUCCAGGUGCACCACCGAGGCUGUCUGCAAAGCUCGUGCAUCUAGAAGCGACCGAGCUCGUCAGAGCUUCGAAAAGAGCUGCCAAGCUUGAGCACGUCAAGGUCCUGCGCAAGCUCAAGGAAGCAAGAGCUCAAGGGGACAACGCAAAUGAACAGGCGAUUGCUGAGCUCGAAGAGCUAGCACGAUGCAUCAAGGCCAUCGACCACACUCGAAUAGCCAACUUUGGCCUCGAACGAAUGCUACGAUCAGACGUAGAGCUCAUAGCUCAUCCGACAGUCCUGGCGCAUAUCAAGACCAAGACAAGCAAAGAGGAUAAGAUGGAUCCCACGACUCCGCAGGGCAAAGCGCAAGGGCGUGUGCUCGCCACAAAGACCGUUCAACAAGCAAUAAAAGAUGCGCGAAAGAAGCUCAGAAGUCAGGCCGAUUUGGCCCCUUUGCCUGGGGACUCUGAGCCUCCCAAAAAGCGUGCUGCGCCUGCGCCCUCUGAGCCUGCAUCUAUUUACAAGAAGAGGAAGCUGUCUGCUAGUCCACAGAUCGCCACGGCAACCGGGGCAGCGACGCCUAGCGAAGCCGAACGAUCAGACGAGAGAUCGAUGAGCGAGGCAGUAGAGGAUGACACAGGCUUUGAGUCAGAGUCCGAUAUCGAGAGCUCUGUGAAGCUGCCAUCGGCAAAGCCAGGCAAGGCGAAACAGAUCCGUUCUUCAGCUUUCUUGCCUUCACUGUCUGCGGGUUUCACCGCCGGCGAUGGCGACUCUCCAGGCUCUUUCGAUGAUAAUGGCGACCGACGCGAGGAGGUGCCUCGCAGGAAUCGACGUGGACAGCAGGCGCGCAGAGCAAUCUGGGAGGCCAAAUUCGGCGAGAACGCAAAGCACAUACAGGCGCAGAGGGAGAAAGAGGCAGCUGAGCAGCCAAGACUAAGACCUGGCAGAUAUUCAAGACACCAGGAUGAUCAACAGAGGCCGCGCAUAGUGGGCGCUCCCGGCCAGCGAACGCAACAGAGGCUCCAAGUACAGCCUACGCAACGAGCGCCAGCCCAACCUGAGGGCCGAAGACGAUGGGAUAGCUCGUCCAUGGAUCCAAGCACGGGCAAGAAAGUCAACGAGGACGUUGCUGCUUCGAUGCACCCGUCUUGGGCGGCCAAGCGUAUGGCUGCUGCUAAGGCCAGCACCGGUGUGGCGGGAGGAGCCUUCACAGGAAAGAAGAUCGUAUUCGAUUGACUGCAUUCAUACUCAUGAGUGCACGCGAGAGAUUCCGAAGAUUGGAAUGCAUGAUUCGGGAUACCUCAAGUCGAGCCUGCAUCCGGAGCAGCUGCAUAUAAGAUGAGCUGUGGAUCCGCUCGUCGCCUUCAGGUAUUGCAUCAUGUAUUGCAUUGCCCUCAAUAUAUCGUAUACGCGAGACCCGACUGCAGAUCUCUGCAAGCAUGUCUGUCGUUGCUUGCA